AUGUGCCAACUCCUAAUCACCCACUUCAAUGGCUGCCCACACAUCGACCACAUCCCAGGAGAGCAGCACGAAAUUCCCAUCUACUGUCCCAACAUUGUGUUUGUCGAAGGGGGCAUCAGCACCAAGCAUGAGGCGUGUUGGGUGUGUCGGUAUACUGCUGCGAGGGGCGAGCAGGUGCAGGAGGAGGGAGGGAGGGAGGGCGCUGUGAAUAGUACAAGGGAGGAGGAAGGCGAGCAGAAGGGAGAGGGGGAGCAGAAAGAAGAGGAACAGGGAAACAGGCGGGGAGAGGAACAGGAAAAGACCACAUAG